AUGUCGUGCGGGAACGGUCCAGGCAAUACAGCUGAAGAGGGCGAGGUCCUUAUGCCUAAACGGCGGAUUCUACCCCGGACCGAUCCAAAAUCUUGCUUUCGAUGCCAUACCGCCCGAGGCGCCUUCAUCCUCCGUUCUCAGCCCCACUGCAAAGACUGCUUCUUCCCUUCGGUCCAACUGCGCUUCACACGCAGAAUCUAUCAACCCCUCAGACCACCCACAGUCCGGAAGAAUGUCACCCGCCCGCCGAUCCAAGACGGUCAGGUCCUCGUGGCGCUCUCCGGAGGCGCGGGGUCUAUGGCGAUGCUGGACCAGAUGACGGACCUGGGACUGAUAGGAAGUGGGGAUGGAGCUCGGGCGGAUAAGACAAAGGGGGAAAAGGAAGUGGUAUGGGAGAGUGGGACAGUGGUUUAUGUGGAGUUUGCCUGGGUGACGGGGAUGAGCGCCAGGAUGGAGGAGAUGGAGGAGGUGGCGAAGAGCCAGGGAUUGGGAUUUGUGGGUGUCAGGGCGGAGGAUGUGUAUGAUGAGGGGCUGGAGAGGCGGUUGCGGGGAAAAUGUGGGCAAGGUCAAUCGAGCGAUACUCACACAUAUCGCCAGUGGCAUGUCAUCCCGACUCGAGCUGACUUCUCAGGGUCAUCGUCUAGCUCGAACACGUCCCAGGACAACCUCACCCGGCUCCGCACCCUUCUCUCGUCCCUACCGCCCACCUCCCGGCCCUCUCUCCUCCAGCUCAUACUCGAUCACCUCCUCACCCUCGUCGCCCACUCUCUGCCAAAUGUCUCUCAGCUCCUACUCGGAGAGACGAGCACCCGCGAAGCCCAGCGCGUCAUCUCCGCCACCGCUUCCGGCAGAGGAUGGGCCCUCCCGCUCGAGCUCGCCAAUACACUCUCCCUCCGCCCUUCGUCCACCGUAGACCCCUCACCCAUCAUCCGCCUCAAGCCAAUGAAGGAUAUCAGUCUGAAAGAGGCGGCGGUCUACUGUCACCUUCGGAGACUACCUACCGUCAAUCAGCGUCGAUGGGUAGAUGGCCGCUCGUCCGGCGGGAGAGGGAAGGGCAGUACGAGUUUGGAGAUGCUUACCGAGCAGUUCAUCUUGGGCCUCAGCGUAACUCAUCCAUCCACCGUAUCGACCAUCAACAAGACGGGCGACAAGCUCGUAUUCUCUGGGAACGCCCAAUCCGCAGAGCUGUGUCCAUUGUGUCAGAUGCCGGCUGAACCUUCCGCUCAGGCCUGGAAGUCACGGACCGCACUCACCUCGCUGCCGGACAAGACGGAACCCAUACAUCGAGCCGAGCCUGUCGUACCAGAGCAGCAAGACUCGACGCUUGAGCCACUGCUCUGCUAUGCCUGCCUGACGACCUUGACGCCACACACCCAUACAGCCAAGAAGCCACCAGCAGAGGACGGGGAGACAGAGGCCGAGCUGCCAUUAUGGGUUGAGCAGCGGGCGCGGCAUAGACGAGUGGGGCCAGAGGAGAUGCGGAAGGACAUCCAGGAGUUCUUGCUGUGA